AAAUGUAAACGUCAAGAAUUCGUCUUUGUAUCAUUUUGAUGCUUAAAAACUGGCUUUCUUUCUCCCCCCCUUGCUCUUAUGAGUAUUUUCCCUUUCUACACACUGGGGGACAUGAUUUGAUCAGCUUUUCUUGCAUCCCUUUUGCUUCAAAGUCAUCAGUUAAGGUCUUGUUCGCGUCGUUCCAUGUCUGUUGUGGUAUUUUUUUUGUAUUUUUUUCUCGUCAAGUAGCUGAGAUUAUUGCUACUUUUCUAAAUUUUCUCAAUUCCUGACAAAUGUUCUCACUUCUGGUCUUCUUGUAAUGAAAAAGAAAAAAGUCCCCUUUGUCGCCAAAAAAAAAACAUAGAUGGAUGGCAGAGGGGCUGCGAGUAAUUUG